AUGAAAUCCCCCUAAAAUUCACGAUGCAAGAAAACAGUGUCGUUAUAAGAAGUUCAGAACAGUUAUUGCAAGAAAACAGUCAAGGCAGCUCAUGUUCACUCGUGAGAAGAGCAGUGCUCCCGUUGAGCAGCGAGACUUGAUAUUCCCUGGCGCAUGUCUACAGGGUGGCCUGUGAUCAAGGGAGUAUUACCUGUGCCGUGCGCCCUAUCCCAGUGCAGCUAUGGGAUCCUUUGUGACGCUCAGCGCACAGGCCCUCAAACACUUGCUGGAGGCGUGUCACAAUUGUGCUGGAGCACAAGGAAUACAGUUCAAGUUUCUGUGAAUCUGUAAAGAUGUCUCAACUUGAUCGAACAGCUGCCAAAAUGGAUGGCUUACUGCAGCCUCAGAGGAUCUGCCUCCUGUAAUCCAGCCAAGCUUUGCAUAGACAAUAUAUCAGAGAGGCUGGGGAAGGAAACAGUUCAUCCUUUUUCUUUCCUUUGCUGUGAGACAAUUAUUAGCAUUGAUGGGGUCAUCUGGCACUCUGAGGAUGUGACUUUGGACAACAUUACCAGCAAAGCUCAACUUCGCCACCAGCCAGUGUACGAGAGACAGAAUCCAGCUGUGAUGAAUAAAGAGUUCAAUGACUUUGUAGACAUCAGUGUGAAAUGUGAGGAUGGUGUCAAAAGUAUUAUUGAUGAAGAUGAUGCUUCCUGCAAGAUUGUCUUAGAAAAGGAUCCUCUACUGUUGGAUGAGUCACCUGCACUGCACACAAACACAAGUGGGUGUGGGAGUGAAGGACAAGCUCAGGAGUAUGAUGCAAAGUCUGUCAACAAAGGUUUGAGAAAGAAAUUUGUAGGAAUAUUAGAAAAACAGGAUUUACUGGGCAUGAAUAUAUCAAGUGAACAAAACAAAUUUCCAGGGUGUACUAAAGGAAAAAAAUACCCAGAAAUCUUUGCAUGUGAAUUCUGUGGAAAAACAUUUAAAGGAAAGGAGAGAGCAUAUCAGUUUUAUUAUCACAGGAACCGUGAACAUACACAUGAAAUGUCAUUCAAGUGUGAUGUGUGUUCAAAAGAGUUCUGGGGUGACCGAGAACUAUUGGCACACAGAACUCAGCACAAAGAUCAGGGUCAUGUUUGUCAUAUUUGUGGACAAAAGUUUAAUGCCAGUAAGAACCUCAAAGUUCACCUUUUAAUCCAUGUCCCCAUUCGAGAACAUGUUUGCCAUUACUGUGAUAAACCCUUCAGAAGAAAAGAUCACCUAACAGUUCAUGAGAGAAUCCAUACUGGAAUUCGACCAUAUCAGUGCCAGUGGUGUGAUUCAGGGUAUCCCCAAAAACACCAGUUAAAACUGCAUAUACGAAAGUGUCCCAUUUUAAGACAAACUGAUGCAAAACUUUAUGGUACUUAGUGCAUUCAUUUAAUUGUAUGCCAAAUACUAUAUCAAUAUCCCAGGACUUCAUUACUUAACUUCCAUCUCAGGUACUACUGUUCAUGGUCAUGACUGUAAGCUCAGUUACAUCAAUGUGGCAUGUUGUCACUUAAGUUAAGACUCACUUCCAAUAUUUGUGAAGGGGGUUGUACAUGCAUUUACUUUGUCUCUUUGAUUUUGUCAGUGUCUCAUCUUGGUGUAUAACAAUAAGUAGCUUCAAGAAUCUUUAGUAUCUAAAUCAUCAUCAUUGUCCCAGACGCUGAUACCACAUGAAUCAGGAUAUCAUCUAAAACACUUUUGAAAUUGUAUAUAAGAUGUAUAUUCUUGUUCCAUGCACGAAUAAACUACAUAGCAUAA